AGAGAGAAGGCAAGAGUUACCAUCAGAUAAAGUCUGUCCACACUUCGUUUGCCUUAUUGUGUUCAAGGUCAAUGUUCGACCCACGGCGAUUUUAAAUCUUUGCGUUGGUGGAGAAACACUGGAGACAUGGAUGCUGGGAACUUUAAAGAGUCGCUUUCCUCGGACGAAGAGGCAACCUCACGGGCAUCCCCGAGGGACCAGAAGACAUCCGUGUCAAGCUUACCUUUCAGCGUGGAAACGUUGAUGUCGGAUAGAGGAACGCGCACCGCCAGCGACCAGUUGCAUCACCAGAAAGGGAUGCCGUGUUUGUCCAGAGGGGAACUUCCAUUCACGAUUUUUAGAGACUCAGUCGCUUCUGAAAACUUCCCAAAGCAUUUUGUUCCCUCUUCACCAGUCAAGUCUGAAACGUCUGAUCAGGAUGACACCCCUAACUGGGCCACAAUAUCCAGAUUAUCAUCACCAGCAAGACAGCUGAGUCCGUCUACAUGCUCGCUGCGGAAGCACAAGACCAACCGCAAGCCCCGCACGCCCUUCACCACCUCGCAGCUGCUGGCGCUGGAGCGCAAGUUCCGCCAGAAGCAGUACCUGUCCAUCGCCGAGCGCGCCGAGUUCUCCAGCUCGCUCAGCCUGACGGAGACCCAGGUGAAGAUCUGGUUCCAGAACCGCCGGGCCAAGGCCAAGCGGCUGCAGGAGGCCGAGCUCGAGAAGCUGAAGAUGGCCUCCAAGCCUUCCUUACUGCAUCACCACCACCCACACCACCACCACCCGGGUCUGGCAGGGCUGCCGCCGGGUCUGUUCCCGCUGGCGGCCCAGUUCCACGCGGUGGCCGCUGCCUCUGCUGCUGCUGCUGCUGCUGCUGCCUCGGCCUCCUCGUCCCAUGGUGGUGCCACCUCUCCCUCCUCCUCCUCCUCAUCUCUCUACGGACAAACGUACCCUUUCCGCCGGCACAUGCUUCCCUUGCCCCCUGUGGGACUGUACGGAAACCCGAUGGGAUACGGUGUCUACCAUCUGUCCUGAUUUUCUGAGCGCCACGGUUGCCAGACAGCCAGCACCUCGGGACAUGCUUCUAUAUUGACCCAAGAAGUGCCUGAAGAGUUGAUGAUGUACUACGUAUCUCUUCAAUAGCUUAGAUAGACCAAAUGCAUACACAUUUGCUUGUUUGUUGACAUGUGCUCAAAAUAAUGCACCUUAAAUAAGGCAUCACACCCGGGAUUGAGGUGUUCUUGCAUCUAAGCUGAGUGUUUUAAAAGGCUAGUGUGCACUGCUGACAGUACAUAGUGUUUAAUCCGUAAUAAACACUCCAAAUUAAAUAACUUAGGGUGCAAUAGUCUGUGCUUUUAAACCAAAAAUUGGCCGGUAUUUUACAAGCACUUUACCAAUGUUUUUUGUGCAUGGAGAUUUUAACCCAUCAGAUUUACUUCUACAGUGUGUGUUCUUAUAUCCUUUCUGGUAGUAUUUUGAUAAUUCAAAAGUGGAGAAGACGCGCUCACACUAUCGCCUAAAUAGGCUAAUUUAACAGUUCUUAACUGAGUGCUGAAUCCCACAAAAAACAUAAAUGAAUGAAUGAAGUGAAGGACAGCACUCUUCAGAUUUCUUCUUUGUUCAUUCGCCCAGAUUUCUUCUUUGUUCCUUCGUUUCAUGCAUUCAUUUAUGUAUUUUGAUAAUGCCAUGCCAAUGUCCAUACCCAGCCAACCAUCACUGUGUGCAAACAACCAUAUUAUUGUGGAUGAA